AUGAGAGUGAAAGGAAACGACUUAGCUCCGCUAGAGAUUGAGUCGGUCCUGCUGAAGAAGUUCAGGGAAACCCUCACGAAGGGGGCCUUGACAUGGUAUUCACUUUUACCCGAGCACUCGAUAGAUUCCUUGGAAAUGCUCGCAGAUUCGUUCAUCAAGGCCCUUGCUGGGCCAGGAAGUGGACCUGAGAAGUUCAGCCAAUAUCAUUUAAUGGAGAGUGGUGGAGCAAGCCAAACUAAUCGAAAGUAUCAUUCCGGCCAUAAAGCUCCUUGUCAGGUUGUGGUUACACGAGAUGAAGGUUGUGUCGUCAACACACCAUCAACUUUUGAAAUUCCCAACUCUAGAAGGGAUCAAACAAAUAAGGGGAGAUCAACCGGUGGAAAGGGAAAUGAACGCGAUCUCGGGUUCCAGCAGUAUCUCGCUAGGAGUGGCCAUGCACAAGUUAAGCUUGGAUUCCAGCAUCCCUCAGGACUUGAGCUUUCCCGAGGACUAGAUUCCGGGGUCAUUGAAUCAGAUGUGAUUCCCAAGUGUUGUGAAUCAGGUAUACGGGAUUUCGACACCAAAGAGGAGCGCAUGCAAAAAUAUAUUGUGAAAGUUCAAACUCUGCUCACACGGUUCAGGGAAUGGUCAAUCACUCACAUCCCGAGAGAAGAGAAUGCAGAAGUAGACGCAUUGGCCAAUCUGGGCUCGUCCACGAAAAUGGAAGGAUCAGAUUCUGAUACGGUCGUACAGCUCAUGCAUUCGGGCAAACUGCCCAAAGACCCAAAGGCAUCCCGGGCACUCCACACCAAAGUAGCUCGUUAUAGCUUCUGGGGAGGACAGUUAUACAUAAGUUCAUUUCAAGGCCCAUUGGACCGGUGUUUAGGAGCCUCUGAGGCUAAUUACGUCAUGAGAGAGGUUCACGAAGGAAUUUGUGGAAACUAUUCAGGUGCAUAUUUAUUGGAGUUAAAAUUAGUUAGGGCAGGAUACUACUGUCCCGGGAUGGAACAAGAUGCUAAGGUAUUCGUUCAGAAGUGCGACAAGCGUCAACGCCAUGCGCCGUUAGUGCACCAACCGACAAAGCUACUGCACUCGGUAUUAUCCCCAUGGCCAUUCAUGAAAUGGGAGAUGGACAUAGUCCGUACGCUACCACUGGCUCCUGGUAAGGUAAGGUUUCUUUUGAUUUUAACUGAUUAUUUCUGUAAGUGGGUUGAGGUAGGACCUUACCAGAAAAUCGGCCAGCGCAAAGUGGUCGAUUUCCUAUGGGAGAGCAUGAUUUGUCUGUUCGGAAUACCAAAGAAGGUUGCAUGCGACAACGGGCCAUAUUUCAUAGGCAUGAAGAUCAAAAAAUUCCUUGAGGAUAUGAAAACCAAAAUAAUCACAUCUUCACCAUACAAUUCGAGCAUAAAUGACCAAGCAGAGUCGACAAACAAGGCGAUUAUUCAAAACCUCAAAAAGAGAUUGGAACCAACCAAAGGCAACUGGCCCGAAGAGCUACUGGGAGUGUUAUGGGCAUACCAGACAACGACCAAGUCAAGCACGGGAGAGACAUUUUUCUCUCUCUUAUAUAGAUCAGAAGCCCUGAUAUCGAUAGAAAUGAGAGAACAUACCAUGAGAUACAUCUGGGCAGAUGAAGAAACAAACAAUAAGGCGUUACUAGUCAAAUUAGAGUUGCUUGACAAACACAGGGACUUGGCGCACAUAAGGAUGGUGGCCCAAAAAUAA